AUGGAAUCUGGUGUAAGAUCUAUUGUGUUGAUCGUGACGAUAUGUCUACAGCCUGUAGUCGGAUAUAGGAGAUUACUUCCGGCAUGCGACAGCAAUAUCUACUGUAACGGGUCCAUUCUACACGCUGUACAGACUUCUCGAAUAUUUGAAGAUUCCAAAACUUUUGUGGAUAUGAGUCUGAAGUAUCCGGAAGAGACAAUUUUGUUGGAAUUCGAUAAAUUACAAAUGGAAUAUGAUGACAAAGUGCCAAAAGAAAACCUGACAGAAUUUGUACACAGGUACUUCGCCGGGCCAGGAGACGAGUUUAUGCCCUGGGUUCCUUCAGACCUACCUCGCAUACCGUCUUUUCUCAACAACAUUACCGAUCCACUCCUGUACGACUUUGCCUGGGAUCUCUGUAAUAUAUGGAAGGACUUGGGAAGGAAGAUUAAACCCGAAGUGUUGAAGCACCCUGAGAGAUAUUCUUUAUUCUAUCUGCCCAAUCCCUUCAUAGUGCCAGGCGGGAGAUUUCGGGAGACCUAUUACUGGGAUACCUACUGGGUAAUAAAGGGACUACUUGUGUGCCAAAUGAACAGUACAGCCAGAGGUAUGCUUGACAACUUCGUGCAUUUGAUUGAAACAUUAGGACAUAUACCUAAUGGCGGUCGGGUUUACUACCGGAAACGAUCCCAGCCUCCUUUGUUUAUCCCCAUGGUCUACGAGUAUUACAAGAGUACAGGAGAUAUAGAUUUCCUUCGCGACAAUAUCGCCACCCUGGAGAAGGAGUACCAAUUCUGGGUAGACAAUCGAUCACUGAAUAUCAGUAAAGGAGACGAGACGUACUCUCUCGCUCGGUACGCUGUAGAUAUGGCCGCUCCAAGGCCAGAGUCAUACGCGGAAGAUAUUUCUGUAACGGCAGGUCUGUCUCAAGAGGACGGUUUAGAGUUGUACUCCAAUCUUGUCUCCGCAUGUGAAUCCGGCUGGGACUUUUCCUCUCGCUGGUACUCACGUCGGAGAAAUGAUACUACCGUGGAGGACUUGGGACUUCAGGCCACCGAUACGAAGGACAUUAUUCCUGUAGAUCUAAACUCUAUUCUCUGUUGGAAUCAAAAACUACUGGCGGAGAUUUUUACUGUGAUAGGUGAAACAGCCAAGACAGAGUACUAUACUUGGCGGCACAGGGAACGCCGAUCAGCUAUUAACACUGUGCUAUGGAACGAGGAGGCUGGCAUGUGGUUCGAUUUCUCUUACAGCCAAAAUGAAUCUAGGGCCAACUUUUAUGCAUCCAAUAUAUUCCCUCUAUUCGUCGGCUGUGGUGACAUGGACGAUGCUAAAUUCAAACGCCAACUAUCAGCUGUAGAAUCUUACAUCAAGUUACCGACCUCUCUCCUCCACACUGGUCAACAAUGGGACUUCCCUAAUGUCUGGCCUCCCCUUCAGCACGUGUGGAUAGUUGGACUGACCAACACAGACUCUCCUGCCCUCAUUGAUAUCGCCAUGACAACAGCCCAAACAUGGAUUCGGAGUAACCAUAUCGGCUGGGAAAGAACUAGAGCCAUGUUUGAGAAGUACAGUGCCGAAGAUCCCGGAUCACGAGGUGCCGGAGGGGAGUAUAAUGUACAGGAGGGGUUCGGAUGGACGAAUGGAGUUAUUCUUGAUCUGGUAGCUAUGUAUGGAGACCGACUAACACUAAGUACGGACACACGCACGUGCAUGUCCUCAAAUCACGUAUCAUCUGGCGUGUCCAAGUGCACAGAUUCAGCGUUCCUGUGGAUGAUAACAUACUUCUCCGUGUGUCUACUGAAGAAAACAUUUAAGUGA